AUGCUCAUCAGAACUAUGAACUUUCUGGCUUCCUCCUCACCUUCGUUUACUGCUAUGGGAUCUUUCGACCACCAGGCACCAUAUGAAGACCCAAUUCCUGUGACUUCGUGUUUAGAUAUCGAAAACACCACUGCUUCUCGUAUACUCCCAAUCUCCUCAUCUCAUCACCAUCUUCUUUCACCGCAACCAGUUCGUCGCCGUCGCCGUGCCUCACCAUCACCAGAUAUUCCGUCCGACCCAGUCAUUGGCCAAGUAACUCGAUUAGGAAAGUUCAAAUGUCUCCACGCAGGAUGUGAUGAUCUAACCUUCGGCCGCCAAGCCGAUUUCAAACGUCAUUACGAGAACGUUCAUGCUCCUAGGAAAUUAGAGUACUUCUGCCCCACAGAAGGCUGUUCACGCUCAAAGAAACCCGCAAACGGCAAGAGUAAGGGGCGCAGCUUUAAUAAUAGAAAAGAUAAGAUGGAAGAGCAUGUAAGGACGGUGCAUCAUAAAGAGGGCAAGAAGAGAAAGCAGAUCGAGGCGGUUGAGGAUGAUGACGAGGAGAAUAGUCUUAGUGAGAAAGUAAAAGAUAAACGAACUAGGGUGUCAGCGUCGGUGGUGCCAACUGAAGACAACGCAUGA